ACGCCAGUAAAACCCUAAGUCCUUAAAAAUAAAACCGCACGGACGCGCAACAUUAUACAGUCUUCAUGUUUUCACCGCACGUUUUCCACUGGAGAAUUUUAUGCUUAGUUCAUGUGGUUUAGGUCUGUAUUUCAGUUAGCGCCAGAUUGGUGUAAGUGUGUCCACUUUUGGUACUAAAAUAUUGAAUCACUUCCUCUGGUAUCACCUGAAAGGGUAUCUGCUCAAAAAGUUGCGUACAUUUAAUGACGGAAACCAUGUACGUGUAGUCCGACAAGAAACAUUUGAUUACAGUUUAAAUUACUAAUUUUAAUUUACAUUUCACAUAAUCGAAAUACGAAGUUUCCCCAUUUAUCAUGGAUAGAAGGAAAAUGUCAACUGCAGGGGACUCCCUGUAUCAGAUUUUACAGAUACCAAAAACUGCUACUUCAGAGGAAAUUAAAAGGACUUAUAGGAAAUUAGCAUUAAAAUAUCAUCCUGACAAAAAUCCAAAUAAUCCAGAAGCUGCAGAAAAGUUUAAGGAAAUAAAUAGAGCACAUACUAUAUUAACAGAUUUGACAAAACGUAAUAUAUAUGAUAAUUAUGGAUCUCUUGGAUUGUAUGUUGCUGAGCAAUUUGGCGAAGAAAAUGUUAAUGCCUACUUUGUUGUUACCUCCGGUUGGGGCAGGGCACUCAUUCUAUUCUGUGGUCUGAUAACUGCAUGUUAUUGUUGCUGUUGUUGCUGUAUUUGUUGCAACUUCUGCUGUGGUAAAUGCAAACCAACUCCACCAGAGAACAGUGGAGCAUACCAUAAUCUACAGCGGGACCAGAAUCCGGAGGUCAAUGUCGUGACGAAUCAGCCUAGAAGCCUGGCCAAGGAAGACGAAAGUGACGAAGAGGCAAUUACAGCACAACCACAAGGUGGCCCGCAGAACAGCUCUGCGAAUCAGCCCAUUUUUGCCAUGCCACCCACAACCAUUGAUGAAAAUACUAACUUAAACAGCGGUACUGAAAGAGUGGUUUACACGACUGCUUCAUGCAUUUAAUUGAAACAUAUUAUGGAGAAACAUAAUAUGCAGCAAGCAUAAUAUGGAGCAAUGUAACCAACAUAUUGGUUUAAUGAUAAUGUAGACAUUAAGCGCUGUGUAAUUUGACAUUAUUAUAACUCCAUUGAUAAUGUUGCAAAUUCAAAUGUUCAAUUCCUAAUGCCUUGGGUGUUAAAUUGUAGGUUAUUUAAUUAUAUUUAUUAUAGAUUUAUCGAAUUAGUGGGGAGAAAAUAAUAAAUUAAUUACAAGUGAGAAAAACUGAAUCAAAUUUUAAAGUUUAAUGUUUUUUUUUUUGUCGUAUACAACGACAUAUGUUAUUUUCGAAAUGAAAGUGUGAUGGUCAUAUCUAAUAUUUUUAUAUAAUACUAUAUAAAUAUAAAUCGGUGAUCGUAAUUAUAGGAUUGCUAAUAAAAUUCGUGGUUUCAUAUCGCAAAGCAAAGUGUUAGUUGCAUGUUUGAGAAAGUAUUCAUUUUUUAUUUAUUGUAAUAAGUUCAAUGAAUCUCUGUACAAAGAAACACUGGGCUAUAAUCGUCUAUAUAUAAAUGUUUUCAUGGUUUGCAGGAUAAAUGUGUUUUGUGAAGUAUACAUCGAUUUCUGGUCUUAGUUUUUCAUAGAAACUCUUUGAAUAACAUAAGUUCAAAGUAGUUCUCGCGUCAAGUAUCUUGACUGCCACAACUUCUGAAUCAUUUGACGUGUGUGGGCGGAGUUUGCCAAAAUACUUUGAUAUGAUUUUUCGUAUAACUGUAAUUUUGUAAUUUCCUUUUGAUGAAUUCUUCAACGAUUUAUUCAACACCCAGGGUUCCAAGUUCUCCGUUGCUAUGAGGGAUCUUAUAAGAGUUCCCCUAUUCUACAUAUAGCAUUGGUUAUCAACACUGAAAGUAGUCAGAUUGAAUUUGAUCUAACUAUGUCGUUUACUUGAUAAUUUAAUAUUCUUUACUAAUAAUUGAUACUUGCGAUUAGCUUUGUAGCCUAAACAAUUAAGAAUAUAGAUUUUGUAUAAACUGACAGAUUGUAGGUACAUACUAUGACGUUCCGAUAAGGUGGUCUCAUAUUGCAUGCAUAAUGUUUUUCUCUAUACAUUUUCUUCAAGUAUGCCAGAAUAGAGAAAAUCUAUAAUAUUUUCAAAUGGUUCAAUGGUAAUGCUCCAACGGAGGGACCAUAAUAUCCUUCUUUCUUGCAUUUUAUAUAUUUUUUGGAGAAUAUAUAUUUAACUUCCUCAAAAUUGGUUCUCUGGUACUUUUAAUGUUUUUUGUAUUUCGAAUUGCAUUCUAAUAGUCUGAUGGUAACAAUUGGUGAUGAUAUACAUAUGUGUUUACACAUUAAAUGUGCUUUCUUCAACUGAUCUUUGCAGAUUAUUUUAGUCUUUUAUGAUAUUAUUCGAAUUCUUAUUAUUAUCCUAUAGGGUUUCUAUAAUUUUUCAUGUCGAGGUUGUAAUAGCAUAACCUUUUUGUCUGUUUGGUAGUGUAUGAAUGUUUUAAUGUUUUUACCUAUACUUUGCAGUUUUUUGGGCAUUGUUUAGCUAAAUGUCGUAGAUCUGAGCGGUCAGACGUUAAACUAUAUAUGUAAUCAGAAUGCGUAAUGAUUGGCCGAAUGGUGGAUGCUGGAGAAUCUUGUUUUUUUUCUGAGGAUAAGAUCGUAUGGUGCAUAUUUUGUGCCCCCAUGUAUGUAGAAGAACAUAGCUUGUGGCUGCAAAAACAAUAAAUAUUGCUAUUUAUCCUGCAAAGUUUUGAGAAAAUUUGUCUAGAGACGAGCACAUAUAGGCCAGGAUACAUAAAUCUAUUUACACGAGAUUCAUAUGUUAGUAUCUUAAUUGUAACACUAGUUUCGUAGUAGAACUAAGUCAAUAUGUCAUACAUUUUGUCCCGUAAUUACAAAAUUUGAUCUUCUUUAAAGAAUAAUAUCACAACAUUUUUCUUUGACCAGUUUGUAAGAAAUUUUAUUCUAUUUUACAGUGUAGAUUUGAUUCUUUAGAUUCAUUAUUUGGUGAACUCAUAGAAUAUUAUAAGCUGUAUGUUUUCAAGCAGCUUUAUCAGUAUUAUUAAGUUCAUUUUUUAGUUACGUUAAAAAAACAAAUAAUCAAGAGCGACAUAAUGUAGAUGAAUAAGCCGAUCCUAUGUCUUUAUUUUAUAAAAAGUUAUCGUAAUACAUAUUAUUUUGUCAGAUUGUAUUUUAGUAAAUAUUUGUUUCAUUUUCACGGAUACAAUAUUUUCUUUUAUUUAAACAGUUAUUCGCGUACUCACGAUGCAUAUUUUAAAUAAUGCGCAAAAACAAUCAAUUUUCAUGUUUAUAAAUUAUUUUUUAUUAUUUAAAAAUUGUCGCAUGUAUUAUUAGUUACAUAAAAAUCCAUGUAAAAAUGCCUAUGUAGUAUAAACGUACAUGGGCAAAUCCACAGAACUUUUAGAUUUGCAAUUUGAUGCAUUUAUUUAAUGUUGUCUUCUGAUAUUUCAAUAUAUUAACGAUCAUAUGGACAUUUUUAGUGGAAGGUAUGAUAAAGUUUGUAAGCUCUCUGAGAAGCCAGGAAGAUGAUACAAAUUUUAAUUUUUGUAUUGCUUUGUGACUUUGUUAAUUUUCAAAUAUUUUAAGAAAGUUAUAAGAGCGCCCGCGCAAACGCCGUCAAAUACAGUCGAGGACACAAAUAGGGGGACAGUUUUUCAAAAAGUGGUAACUAUGGGAGUUUUCAACCGAUUUUCGUGAAACUUUGUCAGGAGUAGUUUUGAAGUGUCCUCUGGGUGUGUGCAAAGUUGCAUUGAUGCGAAGGGCUUAAUUCACCCCCGUAAAGGGGAUGGUGGAGAAAAACAGCAGUUCUGAAUGGGCCAGGAGUGACGGAAGAGGUUAAAAAAAAAACCACUUAGGGCGACUCUUCUUGAUGCCCUCUUCAGAAUGCACCCCCUGAAAUACCUUUCGGACAAACCCAACCUCUAAUAACCCCCACACCCUCCAAAAUCCACAAUUUUUGGACGACAGUCCCGAAUUUGGGCUCAAUGCAUUCCAUGGAGUCCCCUGAUCCAGGAAAUGCCAACGCCCACGCCGUGCGCUUCAUAGGCACUCCUUGGAGGGGCGGAAUAGCUCACCAUUUCUUAACCCCUUUCAUGAAGGAGCACUUCCACACCCCGGAGGGUUCACUAGGUUCAUUCUCGGUACGUUAGGGAUCAAUGUCGAAAAGAUCCCGUUUCAAAAGCUGCCCCUGGAGCUGAACAGGGGUAGCCCAAAAUUAGGGGUGAUCUACCCUUAAGCGUGGGGGUUGAAACGUCCCCGCGCAUGUCCCACGGUCCGGGGCACAUCACCAAACACUGUUUUGAUGUUUUUUCUCCACGUGGACAGUAUUAACGAACGAAACGUUUUUUUGGAAAACCCACCCCCAAGUUUAGGCCCGUCUGUAGGGUGAACGAGUAACCCCACGUCAAAGCCGUUCGCGGAUUUGGAUGUGCAAGUGCUUCAUUACCAGUUCCCUAACAAAUCAGAUUUUUUAAAUCACGCUUUCGUUGGCAAAUCGGGACAGAUUUAACAGAGCAGCAAGUGCGUGGUCAGCCCGACCCUGAAUCCAAUAGAACAUGGGUGGAACGAGUAUUAUUUGUUCUAUUUUCAAAGUUUACGGAAUUAUCCUUUGUUUCUUCUUCAAAGUUUAAUAAGUGUUGGGAAAUUGCCCGUGUUCUGCGUAGUCUGAGUAAAAUCCCACAUCUUUGGUUUUGAAC